AUGAAGUUCGAAGAAUCUCAAACGCUCUUACCGGUGAGAAAACCUGUAAAUGGCGGUUGGCUCAGCAGCAACCGUAAACGCGCUGGUUACAAGCUGUGGGUUCUUAUCGCUGUUCUCCUCUUGGCAUUGGGAUCUAUGUUAACCGGUUCCGUCUCUCUUAAAGGAAUCGUUCUGUUCCAUUCUGUUGACGGCGAGGUUGGAUUUCCCGUCGGCGACGAUCUCGACGUUCUGGAAAUUGAGGAGAGAGAGAAAGUGGUGAGGCGGAUGUGGGAUGUGUACGGACGCUCCGGCGGCGUCAGGGUUCCUAGGUUCUGGCGAGAGGCGUUCGAGGCGGCGUAUGAGUUUCUGGUCAGUGACUCAGCCGCCGUUCGAAAUGGUGCCGUUUCGGAUAUUGCGAAGCUCUCUCUUGUUCGCUCUCUUAAGCCCGACUCUACUCAAGCCCAGCCCAAUCGUCAUUGA